UCAGACUGCAGUAUCACUGAAGAAGGUUAUAAAGCUCUGGCUUCAGCUCUGAGAUCAAACCCUUCACACCUGAUAGAGCUGGAUCUCACAGGAAAUGAUCCUGGGCAAUCAGGAGUGAAGGAGCUCAGUCAUUUACUACAGGAUGGACACUGUUCAUUAAAGACCAUCAGGUUUUUGAAAAGUCCUGCUGCAGAGGAAGCUUGUGAGUAUCUCACUGGAGUUCUGGGUAAAAGUCCAUUACUACUGAAAGAACUGGAUCUGAGUGGAGAUAAAUUAGGAGAUCUGGAUGGGGAGAAACUCUCUGCUCUUUUGAUGGACUCUCAUAGCAAACUGGAGAAAAUAAUGCUGAAUAAUUGUGAGCUGACAGAGAAAAGCAGUUCAGUUCUAGCUACUGUUCUCUCCUCCAAAACCAUCCUGAAAGAGAUGAACCUGAACAACAGUCGUCUGCUGGACUCAGGAGUCAAAGAGAUCUGUGAGGGACUGAAGAAUCCUGUGUGUGAGCUGAAGAUACUGAAACUUUCAGACUGCAGUAUCACUGAAGAAGGUUAUAAAGCUCUGGCUUCAGCUCUGAGAUCAAACCCUUCACACCUGAUAGAGCUGGAUCUCACAGGAAAUGAUCCUGGACAAUCAGGAGUGAAGGAGCUCAAUGAUUUACUACAGGAUCCAAACUGUCAACUCAAGACACUGAGUCUGUGUAGAUGCAGAAUUACAGAGAAACAGUGUCUCAUCCUGACUUCAGCUCUGAAAUCAAACCCAUCACACCUGAGAGAACUGAACCUGAGCUGGAAUAAACUAGGAGACUCUGGAGUGAAAAACCUCAGUGAUCUACUGAUGAACACACAAUUCAAGCUGGAGAAACUAGAUCUGUGUAGAUGCAGUAUUACAGAGGAACAGUGUCUCAUCCUGACUUCAGCUCUGAAAUCAAACCCAUCACACCUGAGAGAACUGAACCUGAGCAGGAAUAAACUAGGAGACUCUGGAGUGAAAAACCUCAGUGAUCUACUGAUGAACACACAAUUCAAGCUGGAGAAACUAGAUCUGUGUAGAUGCAGUAUUACAGAGGAACAGUGUCUCAUCCUGACUUCAGCUCUGAAAUCAAACCCAUCACACCUGAGAGAACUGAACCUGAGCUGGAAUAAACUAGGAGACUCUGGAAUGAAAAACCUCAGUGAUCUACUGAUGAACACACAAUUCAAGCUGGAGAAACUAGAGUUAAGCAACUGUGAAAUGACAGAUGAAGGUUGUUCUGCUGUGACUUCAGCUCUGAAAUCAAACCCAUCACACCUGAGAGAACUGAACCUGAGCAGGAAUAAACUAGGAGACUCUGGAGUGAAAAACCUCAGUGAUCUACUGAUGAACACACAAUUCAAGCUGGAGAAACUAGAUCUGUAUGAAUGCAGAAUUACAGAGAAACAGUGUCUCAUCCUGACUUCAGCUCUGAAAUCAAACCCAUCACACCUGAGAGAACUGAACCUGAGCUGGAAUAAACUAGGAGACUCUGGAGCGAAAAACCUCAGUGAUCUACUGAUGAACACACAGUGCAAGCUGGAGAAACUAGAGUUAAAAUACUCUGAAAUGACAGAUGAAGGUUGUUCUGCUGUGACUUCAGCUCUGAAAUCAAACCCAUCACACCUGAGAGAACUGAACCUGAGAGGGAAUAAACUAGGAGUCUCUGGAGUGAAAAACCUCAGUGAUCUACUGAUGAACACACAAUUCAAGCUGGAGAAACUAGAUGUCUUUUGUUGCAGUAUUACAGAGGAACAGUGUCUCAUCCUGACUUCAGCUCUGAAAUCAAACCCAUCACACCUGAGAGAACUGGACCUGACUACGAAUCAAAUAAUAAACACAGGAGUGAAUCACUUAUGUGACGUACUGAAGGAUUCACACUGUAAACUGGAGAGAUUGAGGUCAGUAACAUUCACAUACAAGAAUCAAAAUGAUUAAAAUCACUUCAACAGUUUAAACCAAAA